CAUAAUUUCGCUGCGCAUUUAAGGAAAAAAGACCCCCAAAAUGGAUAACGAAUCAACAGGCGCCGCCGUCCCGGCGGGCGUUAUACCGCCACACAUCCAAGACACGGACCAACUGUUGGAUCCCGUUCUCUUUUCGAACGACAAUCGAAACUUCAAGCUGAAAACCGUGCCCGCAUUUAGCAUACACUUGCUUAUCUCGUCGGUGAUUUCGUGUGUGGGCAUUGGACUGGCGGCCCUGUGGCCAGCGGAACGACGAUGCGACGCCUACUUUAUAAUGCUCUACUUGCGUGCAACCUUCUGGGUCAUUACAUAUCUCUUCGACCACUUUGUGAAAAUUCAACAUCAAAAGCUACGGAUGAGCGGCUACCAUGAUUUCCAUCGGGAGACAAGCAUGCAGAAGGGCAUUCCCCUGCAAGUGGUGUCUCUCUGGAACUCAAUGCUGCUUGCUGUCCAGGCCAUGAUCCAUCAUUAUUAUGGAGUGAGCUUCUGGGAGCACUGUGCCGCCGGCUGGCUGUCGCCCAUCAGCUAUGUGACUGCGUUCAGUGUUGCCGAGAAUGUGGUGUUGGCCAUCUUCCAUGGCUGCUAUAUUGACAAGGUGAGAAAAUUUAACAAGGCCAAUCUGGCCCCAGAUGUCCUGCGAGGCACUGAUCAAGUCGGCGGCUCUUUGGGACUGAUGCAGCCCGGCGGCGACACAGCCGAACUGCUGGAGAAGCAAGCGGAUCUCAUUGCCUAUCUGCGGGAUCAUACGCACAGGCUCAACCUAAGUAUGCACAAAAUGCAGACGAAUGUGCGGCCCGUACGCACGCCACAGAUUCCUUAAGGAUGGGCGAAGGAAGGACCAUUUAUACACUACAUAUUAUCAUUUUCUUUUUACUUUUUAAUGGCGCUUUUCCUUUUAUUCUAUUACUAUUAUUCAUGACGGAAGAAAUGUUCUUUAAGGAAAAUCAUAUUUAAACACAAUUAUGCCAAAUUGUAAAUAUAUAAAAAAAAAUUAAAAAUUUUGA